GAUUCCAUAGAGAGGAUGGAGUCAUAUUGCUCAGUUGGGCGUAAGCUCCAAUAAGAUAUAGCGAGGCAAUGGCCUACUCAUCGGAUCCAAGGAUCCAACAUUAGUAACAUUGACACUUGAAGCCAAUUUCAUAUUUAAGCACUGAUUUGCCUCCUUUGCCCUUUCUUUCUCGGAAACGAGUCUUGAUUGUACAUCCAUUUCAGAACCCCUUCAUUUUUACUUCCCAACAAUAUGCCUUUCGAACGCAAGACCACACAGCCAGAAAACCCAUUCACAAAGUUGGUUCCUGAUCAAACAAUCGCUAUCGUGCCAGAAUUCACUUUCGAGUCUGGUCACACAAUCCGCGAGGUACCAGUUGCCUACAAGACUUGGGGCGUCCUUAACGAAGCAGGUGAUAAUUGCAUGCUCAUCUGUCAUCCACUGACUCGUAGUGUGGAUGUUGAAGACUGGUGGAUCGAUCUCAUGGGAUCAUGCACCCUGGAUACACCAGGGAAAGUUAUUGACGAGACAAAGUUCUUCGUCAUCUGUCUCAACGUGAUGGGCUCACCUUAUGGCUCGGCCUCCCCUCUUACAAAUAAUCCUGAUUCCAGCCGUCGCUAUGGCCCGGAGUUCCCCCUAGCUACAAUUCGGGAUGACUGCAAACUUCAUAAAAUGAUUUUAGAUGACCUUGGUGUCAAAUCUGUCGCAAUUUGCAUCGGAGGCUCGAUGGCUGGGAUGCAUGUUUUUGAAUGGGCCUUCUAUGGCCCCGAUUACAUUAAGCUACUCGUUCCCAUCUCAGCCCCUGCUAAAACAUCAGCAUGGAGUAUGGGUUGGACAGAAGCUCAGAGGCAAUCUAUCUUUGCCGAUCCAAAGUAUCUUGACGGCUACUAUUCGCUAGAUGCUCAACCACUUCAUGGCAUGAUUGCGGCUCGAAUGAUAGCAAUGCUGACUUAUCGAACAAGAGCUUCGUAUGAGCACCGAUUCGGCCGAUCCCUAAUGGACUCACCCAGCUCCUCACAAUUGAAAACGCCUAGUCUUCAUCCCGCGCACAUGUACCGUAUAGAUCACAACGCCGGACAUCGCCAGAUGAAGGCAUAUGUACCAGGCCUUUCCGAUUCUGUCACAGUUGCCUGUUCAAAUAAGCUACCAGUAUCUGACAAUAGCCUUCAGCUUAUUGAAGAUAAAGGAAGUCUUGCGCACCCUGCUGCUGAUGCUGCGAAUGUCGAGUCCCAUAACUAUCAACCGCCAUUGUAUUCUACGCACAGCUAUCUACGAUAUCAGGCUGACAAAUUUAUUCAGCGCUUUGAUGCUAACUGCUACAUCGCUCUCAGUCGCAAAAUGGACGCCCAUGAUAUCUCUAUCGGGCGUGGAGACUAUGAAGAUGUUGUUCAAAAAAUCCAGCAGCCUACUCUUGUACUAGGAAUUGAAUCCGAUGUACUUUUUCCUUUUUACGAGAUUGAAGCUCUAAGCACACUUUUACCAAAUAGUGAGUUGAUCCGAGUCAGAUCAGAGGAAGGCCAUGACGGCCUUUUGCUUGAACAUAAGCAAGUAAAUGCUUCUAUUGUCACGUUCAUGCAAAAGCAUGAGCAUAUACGUAAAAUCCUUCGUCAGAAGCCCGCACCCAUUCCAGAACGUAAGGGACCGCGUGGAAGCAUAUUCGCCAGUUGGUGAAGCCUCAUCUUUACUUCACAUCUUAACAUGGAACUAGACGGAUUACCUAUGGCUCCGAUCAUAGUUAUUUAACUCAACAGUUGAGGGCACAGG